AUGGGUGAGGGUAGCGGGAUCCCCGCCCGUCUGGGAAUCCUACCGUUCAGGAACAAGGUGCUGCUGCCGGGUGCAAUUGUCCGGGUCGAGUGCACGUCCGCGUCCAGGUACUACUCUCUUUCUGUAUCCUGGUUUCCCCCAACCAGGUUGGCGGGGGGGUGGGGCGCUCUGAUGAUACUUGCCUUUUUUUGCUUCAUAUCAAUCUCGACGAUUGGGUGCGGGCUCAAUUGUAUUUAAUUCCCGUUUGUUGAUUGUGCUGAUGGAAAACAAACUGGAAAUUUCUUGAAUUAUUAUCGGUGUAGGAGAUUGACCAUGUAUUUUUAAUAGCGAUACGAUUCAAACUGAAAAAAAUGGGGUAGUUCAUUCGCGUACACGAUUGAUUUUUUGGCGUGAAUUUUCCUGAAAUUUCUGGGAAACGUUUGUUUCAUCCUGUGGAAUAAUUUCCUUUCUGUUUCAUUUUUGGUUGUGCGUAUUUUAUUUUUUUCAUCUCUAAGAUACUCCUAUUCUUUUCCCGUCUGCUUCAUCUUUCCUGUCUCUAAUCUUCUCUACUGCGUAAGGAAUUCGUUUGCCCGUUCCGGUUUCCCUCAUUUUGCUUUUUCAUGCAGUGUGAAAUUGGUUGAGCAGGAGCUCUGGCAGAAGGAGGAAAAGGGUCUAAUUGGUGUUCUUCCCGUAAGAGAUGGAGGCUCUGGGCUAUCUCUAGGUGAUUACUUCUACUAUUUUGUUUGAUGAUAUCCGCUCCCAAAGUAUCACAGCGAAACUGUAAAAAAUCCUGUUAUCACUUUUGGAAACUUUCAGGGACUGAUUCUGAAGAUCCAAGUUUGAACGCCUCGGAAGAUGUCCUUGAUUUUCCGAAACGUGAUGACGGCAGCGAGGAAGAACCAAUUCGUUGGCACAACAGGUUGCUUUCCUUGAUUUGAUUCUUUUAUUGCGAUCAAAAUAAGUGGUAUCAAAAAUCUCAGAACUUCCUUCUUAGUUCUACAUAGAAGUGAAGACAAAAACGUGUAGACAUUAAUUACUUUGAAAGGAAUCUAGUCAUGGUUCCCGAUCUCACUAGAACCUGGUUGUAGCUUUUUGUUAAUUAUAUUCUUUUUUCUUCUGUCGGAUAAAAUUCAUGUCAACUUUUGUGAAAUUCUUUCUUCGGAUGGAUUAGAUUCAUGACGAAUUCUUCUAUCUGGCAUUUGCAAAUUUGUCUGGCUGAAAAUUCGUGAUAAACUCCGUGCCCCUUUUGCUAUAUUCGUCAUGUACCCCAUUCGCUGUUAGAUUUGGCAUUGCAGAGGGGAUAUGCAUGCCUAAAGUCAAAAAUAGACACAGAAGUCUGAUGCACAGACAUUGUGGAUGGGUAUUUCAUUCUCUGUUUUCUGUCGUAGAUUCCUAUGAAAAUUCUACCUGUUUCAGAGUGAUAUUUUUGUUAUGUUCGAUAAGCAGAGAUUAUAAGCUGUGAUGGUAGUAUCAUAUUUGAUACCCUUUUGACUUAUGGAAAUAUUAUUUGAGUUUUCAUGACGCUGACCUGGGAAAUAUGGGCUUUAAUGUUGCUAAAUAUUCGUGAGAUGUGGCAUGAAUUACUCUCUCAUCCCGAAUGGGCAAUUUAUUUUGAGUUGUCGUUGCUUUUGGAUCUUGUGCAGUGAAAGAUUGUCUUGAGGUUUGAAAUUUCUUCUUAGAAAAUAAUUGGGAUGACUAUUAUUCAUUCAGGAUAUCAUUUCGGCUCUGUAUAUAUAUAUAUAUAUAUCUUUCUAGAUUAACAGAGCAACGAAAGAGGGAUGAAGCAUGGUCUUGGUACAAUGAAACUGUCUAGAGAUGGUGUAGUCCAUUGAAAUUGAGAUCAUGCUGCUGAAAUCAUUAAUUCUCUUGUAGGGAUAAAAACCGCUUAUUCGGAUCAGGGUUGGGCUUACAAGGUCUUUUCUUCUUAAAUACUGUCAAAGAGUUACUAAUUCCGCGCUAUAUAUCUUUUCGAAGCGUCAGAUUAGUAAUUAAGGUUUAGAUUAGGGAAGUCAACCUCAGUUUAUGCUAUUUUUUUUCCACCUUUUAUUAUAUGCUGAUGGCAAUCAGAACAGUCGUCUUUCAUUACUUCAAUAUCUUGUUUUUACCUAAUGAAAUAUAUUUUCCCUUAAGUUCUCGACUAAAAUCUCCCCAAGGUAAAUUUUUUACCUGUGAGUUUAGACUUUGUCUGCUAUACAUUCCAAGAGUCACUUGAACUGCUCAAAGUUGCAGAAAAAAUUUGGAACGAACAACCCAGAUGAAAAAUAAAUUUCGGAAGAAAGUAGACAGAUAUAUCAUGUAUGCUUUGAUCAGAUGAACACCUCAACAGAGAUACUUUAUAGGAUUUUUUUUCUGGUGAUUGUCGUAUUUCUUGCUGAACCUUGUUCCAUGGUUCUUUCCUAGGUUUUCAGGAUAUGAUUUUUCUAGUAGGGUACUGUUUUUUUUCUCUUGAAAAAAAAGAUGCUGUAAAAAGACUGGCUAGUUUUAUAGCUUCCUACCAACCAAAAGGGGCAGUUCCCUUUUACCAUGAUGGUAGCCUGUCCUAAGAUAAACAGGAUGGUAUGAUUCUUUAUUCUCAGGUUACGAGAUUACGAGAUUUACCUCCUUGAUGUUCCUCCAACUUAGUUUUCUGGUUUUGGAUUUAUAAUUUACCUCUGAGGCUGAAAUUUCAUUCAGUUAGUUUCCUGGGUUCCAUUUUGCUUGUAUCGUGGUGGUAGUAGUCUUCUGUCUUUUAUCAGUAGUUUUUGCACAAUCCACCUCUAAUUAGUAGGUUGGGGCAUUGAGUGUUUCUGUGACAAUUGCAGGGGAGUUGCUGCGAGAGCUUUACAUCUUUCUAGAGGAGUUGAGAAACCCAAUGGCAAGGUCACUUACAGUGUUGUCCUUGAGGGUGUGUGUAGGAUUAGUGUUCAGAAACUUAGUGCCGCGGGAACAUAUUGCUUGGGUGAUGUAUCUCACCUUGAUAUGACGAGACCUGGUAAGCUAGAUCAACUCUUUCUUGUCCUUUUUUUUCUACUUGUUUGUUCUAACUAUAUUGUAUUUAUUUUCCAUUUAGGACGUCUCUCUCUCUCUCUAUAUAUAUAUAUAUGUCCCUUAAUAACACUUCUGUUAAAUGAAUCUCUCAAUGAUUUAAAUUUUUGUAGGUCCAUGGGCAUGCAUAUUAUCAGCCUAUUUUCCAUUUAUCAUAACUGACAUCCUAAGCCAUUUCUCAUCAUUGAUUGACGGGUUUGCUCCAUCCCAUGAAUGAUCCAAGAGCUCCGAAACCACCGGGGCUCACUGACUGCCGUGACUAUCCUAUAUUUUAUCUUUUUCAUCUUGUUUAAGUUUGCAUUACUGAGCUACUCCAACAUAUUUGCAAUGCCCAUCGAAAUUAAGUCUCUUAGUCAAAGAGAAAUUAAGUACGAUGUGGAUGAUAACGGUCAGGGUGACUAUUUGCAGAGGAACCGGAUUGACAGGUAUUUAUAGUUUUACAAUGGAAAAAAAUUCAAUAUCUCAUCAUAUGAAUGUGUAAUUUCACUCUCAAAGAGGUAAAAAGAAAGUAUAUUAAUUGAUUAACGCUAACACUCUCUCUUUCAUCCCAUACACUCUCUUUCCUCUUUUCUUCUCUCUGCAUCAGAAAAUAAUCCCUUUCACUAAAAUUUCUCAUCAACUUCCAUUAGGUUUUUAUCACGUCUUAUUUUUAAAUAAUACGUUCUGCAUCCAUUUCUUCACCGUUGCCAGACAAACAUUCAAUGAGCGCUCAUCCUCAAGGAAAGUUCAUAAACUCCAUGGAGAAUUUUGCUACAGAUGAGGAAGAUCGUACCCACCAAGUGUUCCUCGAUAACUAGAUAUACCAUUGAAGAAUGGUUUAUGCCUAUAACUGCUCCUACCCUGGAUUUUGACACUGACAUACAAGAAAUUAAUACUUCAAAUUUUUUCGUGUCGGAGUCAAUUGGCAAAGAUAUAUGAGACAGAUUAGGCUUGCAUUUUAAAUGGGAUAGACAUUUCUAACGUUGAUAAGUUCAUGGCACAUUCUUUUGCCAAGCUACUAUAAGGCAUCUGCAUGAAGCUAUACGCCAAUUAUUUUGACUAAAUUGACAUGAUUGACCCAUGGAAAUUAUUUUGACUGCAUUGGGACAACCUAGGAUUUUAAAGUAUGCCUUAAAUACUCUUAGAAAUAGCGAAAAUGGUCAAAGAUAAGUAGGAGUUAGUGACCAACGAAAAUCAGAAAGUAAAAACCCCGAUUAGAUUAUUAACCAAGUCCAGAAAAUGCUUCCUUCGAGUGUAGAACUGUAUACCUGAUGCAUGAUUGACUCUGAUGUCCUCAUCCAAACUCCAUCCCGUCCAUGCUCCAAAACAUCUGACGCUUCUGGAGUCGUCAAGCUAUAUUUUGAUGUGGUUCUUAGAUUGCAUUAUCCUAAUAUAAUCAUUGUAUUCUAUAGGGAUGUCAAGUUUAUUGAAUUACUUUGGAAAACCUUGUUGAAUCUCAUGGGGACAACUAAAUCUUGCCACUACUGAUGGAUAGACAGUAGUAAACCAAAGCCUUGGGAAUUUUUCGCGAAGUCUUGUUAGUGAGCGUAAUGGAACUUGGGUUUUCUUUUUGCUUAAAGCUGAGUUCGCAUAUAAUGACCCUGUGAGUAGAUAAAUCAGCAUUAGUCCUUUUGAAGUUGUACAUUGUUACUAACCUAGAAGGCCUAAAAAAUCUCAUUCCUAUGAAUCAUUGUUCUAGGUUUUUUUGUUAUAUAAAAUCAUAUGCAUGACAUGUUCAAUCAAUGCAUAGGAGUUCAGAAAAACAAUUGAAAUGAACAGUGAAAAAUAAAAGCUUUGGCUGACUCACGAAGGUGAUUAUGUUGUUGCUAGGGUGAAAUCUAAGCGGUUUUCUUCUAGAACUGUCAAGAACUUUGAUCUUCUGUAUGAGGUGCCAGACUUUUCAAGAUUUUGAAACACAUCAGAACGAACGCUAAUGUGAUUGAUCUUCCUGCUGACUAUGAUAUUAGUCCAAUAUUCAAUGUUCCCGAUUUCAUUGCAUUUAAUAUUCCAGAUUAUUGACAACAUAUAGAACUGACAACAACUAUACUAGUCCAAUAUUCAACAACAGUAGAUCCCCCGCAGGUCUAGGUGUAGUUGUUGUCAGUUCUAUUAUAGACUUAUCAUUUAAGUUGCUAUCGAAGAUCUACUGUUGCUGGUUAUACUUGUCGCUAGGUUUCAACAGUCCUGUAUUUUUACCCCCAGUUCAGAGGAAAUUUCAUGAUUUCUGCUGUCUGAAACUUGCUUUGGAAGCAAGAAUCCCUGAUAGUGACCAUAACUAGUAAUAUAGACCUACUUUGACUGCACAUAGAGAAUGCUUAUUUAGUUGAUCAACCGUCAUUUAAAUUGAUAUUUGCUGAUUUCUGUUAAAAUCAGCCACAUCCAUGGUGUCUCCGUCAUUAGAUUUCUUUUUUGUGGGAGAUCAUUUAUUUCUUUAGUUAGAUUCUUAUUUCCUUCAUCUUGGUGCGUCACUCUAUUAUACUCUCUUGGUCAGAGUAUAUGCUUCGCAAUUCUUUCAAUCUCUCUCAAUUUCUGAUGCAUUAUUUUUCAGGGCGUGAUAGCUGAUAGUUUGCAGAAAGGAUUUUCUGUGAAUUCAUUACUAUAGUUCUAGUUAAAUGCAUGUUAAUGUUCCUAAAUAACUCCUUCGUAACUUCCUAAUGUAGUUCUCAACAUCUGAAGGAUAUUUUCAGUUCUUUGGGCAAAUAAUUUUCUGCUCUUGCAUUUUACAUACAGCGUACUUCUAUUUUUUAAUUUCUCCAUCAUUCAUUCUCCCUAGAUAUCGAGAAAGCAGAAAAAGAUCCAGAUAUCAUGCUUCUUUCACACCAAUUUAAAGCUGCUGCGCUGCAACUCAUCUCUGUUCUUGAAAAGGUAAAGCUUAAUGGGAGACCUCUUUCUAUUCAAGUCUUAGAAACUAGCUGUCUGUGCAUAACACAACACAGGCAGAACUAGAGGAUAGAAAAUGAUACUGAGAAGAAAUCACUGAAGAUUGGACUGUUGGGUACCUUAUGUAUUUAUUUUCUAUGGUACGGUAUUACACAGUUUCUUAUAAUUUUCAACUGUUGUGGAUACGUUAUUACCUUAAUUUCAACCUCUAUCUGAUGUUAGUAUCGACAGGCAUUCUAUGCUCUUAUUUUAUUGAUGAUUUGUUAUCCGAUGUUCGGUACAUGCAUAAGCAGGAUCUGCAGCAUAUUUUUCUUUUACAUACUAGUUCUGACCUGUGAUUAUUGUUGGAUCUCGAAAACGUGAUCGUAUUGUGGACGGAAUAUUGGAGCAGUCUGAGGGUAUAUUGGAAAAUAUCGUGUAGGGUUCUCACCCUAUACAAUGUGUGAUAAAUGGAAAUGAAAGGUGUGGUGGUUUCCCCCUCCUCCCAUCUAUCCUCUCAGAUAGAGGAAAGUUCCUCCUUCGCAUUGUCCAUUUCCCUCUCUCCUUUCUUCAUUUCAACAAUUUCUUGAAUUAAAAUUUCAAGGAUUACAGAACAUUAUAAGUAAACUGUUGCCUUUGGCGUAUCUGAUUGAAGUAUGUCAAGCAAUGUCAAUACUUUCUUGACAUUAUAAGCAAUGUCAGUACUUCUUGACAUGUUCUCACCCAAAGUUUUUCUUUCCUUUCUUGUACGAACUGGACCGGUUUGGUUCAGUAUGGGUCCGGUCCAGUUGUAUCAUCUGGGACAGGUAUAAAUAAACCAGUCCCUCAUCAUUUGAGCUUGAGAAUGAAAUAUUAGAUUUUAGCCCGAUUUCGUAUUUCCUCUUCGCUAUUUAUUGAUGCAGUGAGUGCAGAGCCUUGAGGAGAUAAAGUAGAUUUUUUUUGACAAAGUGUAAAACUUCAAUUGUGUAUCUGCUGUUCCUUAUGCCAUCUGUUGUAGUUAAUAGUGAAGAACUUGUUGCUCUUUUGUGCAUUCCGCAGAAGCAAAAAGCUAUUGGUCGGGCAAAAUCCCUUGUUGAGACAGUUCCUGUGCAUAGACUGGCGGAUAUAUUCGUGGCAAGCUUUGAAAUAAGUUUUGAAGAGCAGCUAUCUGUGCUGGACUGCGUUGAUCUGAAAGCAAGGAUCCUCAAAGCCACUGAACUUGUGGGUAGACAUUUGCAGGUGAUGAUUGGAUUAACCACAAAGAUCUUAUGCUAUACACCUGUGACGUUCCAAUUAUUAUUUCUGUACAGACAUGCUUCGUUUUAAUUCAUGUCUUUGAUUUUGUAUUGUCUAGUCCAUUCGUGUGGCAGAGAAGAUAACCCAAAAGGUUGAGGGCCAGUUAUCAAAAUCCCAGAAAGAAUUUCUUCUUCGCCAACAGGUUAUUUAUGUAGACUUCUGAGCAUUCUCGUGCAUAAAUUCUGUGUAUGGAUAUGGUCAUUGGUAAUGCAUUUGCUGGAGUUGCAACUUGGUAAAGCAACUACAGGACUUAUAGAUUCUCAAUGAAUUGUCUGAUUUGUUGGGCAGUUUAAACAGUUCAGUUAUUUCCUCCAAACUUCGUUGUUCCUCUGUUUCUUAUCUUCUAUUUUUUACCUUACGAUUUAAACUGUCCCAUGAUUAUAAUAAUGCAUGAUGCCUGUGAUGUUACAGAUUUAACAUCAUUAUAAUACAUUUUCAGCUGUAUAGAUAAAAAAAAUUAGUAAAAACUUCCCAUUCUUAGCAAAUUUCUGCGCCAACCAUCUGGAUGUUAUCUUUCGCAUUUAUUUCUUUAGUCAUAGGUAUGUGUUGCGUCUGGCCUCCAAAUUUGUCCUUUUUCAGACAGCUUUUUUGUCUGGUGCAUGUUCCCCAGGAGCUUGCCUUGAUUAAUUACUGCAAGGCUAUGUUGUCGCUGUAAAGUUAACUAUCCUUUUAGAAUGAACAAGAUAUGUCAUAGUUCUCCUGAGAUUUCUUUCCACUUACUUUGGGAAGCUGAUCUUGUUCUUUCCAAUUUCUGCUGUCCUUUAUGUCAAAGUUAUUGUUGUAUUGGUUUCCAUGAUCCAAUUUUUUGAGAUAUUUGUAGAACCACGCACUAAAUUCUGUCCAUUGGAACCCUUUCUUUUGAUAUAUCCGUAAACUAUUAUAAUUUUUUGCUUAUAAUUUUUUCAUCUCGGUCUCUGAAGAAACACUUGUUGUAACAUAGUGUCACAAAGAUUACCCUUUUCGUUUUAUAUUAUCUUCGCCCGUUUCCAUGAAAUAUCACAUGUCACAUCCCUGGGUUCGUUGUAUAUUAUCUUUGCCCAUAUGUGCCUUGAACGGGAUUUUAUAAUGGCUUCCAAAAACGGAAUUUCUUGGAAAUUAGUCAUAAUAGUUGGUGAUAUUUGUUUAGUUGUGAUGCAUAUCUGUAUUUACAUAUUCCCAUUCAUCUUACAUUUGGAAACUUCAGAUGAGGGCAAUCAGAGAUGAACUUGGGGAUGGUGAAGAUGAUGAGGAUGAUGUUGUUGCUCUGGAGAGAAAGGUGCAGACUGCUGGAAUGCCUCCAAAUGUUUCAAAGCAAGCUCAAAAGGAACUGCGGUGAGCAGUGCUUAUUGUUGUUAACAUUAAGGUCUAUUGUUUAGGGUUCCUCCCUACAUAAAGGGUGUUAUAGAUUAAUGAAGGGAGAGGCAGUUGUCUGUUGUUCUCCCCUCUGUCCUCCAUGGUAAAGGUCAUUGUCCUUGUUCUUAUGUUUUUCUACAUUAUAUCAGAGCCAGGUUGAGGUUUCAAACCCUUCUUUGGCGCCAUCAUAGGUUGAUGUCGUCGCCAUCGAUCUCCUUUGUGGCCACCCGCCGGAGCUAUUGGUGUCGUGUUUCUUCUCAACGAUGUCUUUUGCCUCUAUCGAGUAUGUUUCCGCCAAGGUCUUCUGCAUCUGCCGAGUAUCUUUCUAACUAGGGUUUCUACUUCUAUCAUGCUACUUUCUAACAAGGUCUUCCGCCUCCACCGAGUAUCUUUCUGGUGAGGGUUCUACCUCUGUCGUGCUGCUUUCUAGUGAGAUUUUCCACCUCCAUUGAAUAUUUUUUUGGCAAGAAUUUCUACCUCUAUUGUGUUGUUUUCCAAUGAGGCCUUCUGCUUCUGUUGAGUAUCUUCCCGGCGCCAUUCUUAUUUAGUCAUCUAUCAGAUGUUGUCUCAUUACAAUGUCCGUUCUUUGUCUUGUGAUGUCUAGCAUUGACGUUCUCGUCUGGUGCUGUCCCUUCUCUGUCUAGUGACAUCCUCUGUCUGGCAUAUGUUCGGCAUCUAGUGCCAUCCUCCAUCCUCCUCAGUCCAGCUCCCUCUACCUUGCAUCAGUCUGACGUCCUCCUUAGUCUGGUGACCAAGGUCUCCUACAGUCUGCACUGCUACUGUCUAAACCAUUUGGCACUGUCCCUUUUCCAUCUGGUAUUGUCUUCCAUGUUUCCAAUGUAGUUCUCUAUCUAGUGUCAUCUCAAGCGUCCCAAGGUCAUCUCACAUUGUUUGAUGUCAUUUUGCAUAGUCCCGUGCAAUCUGGCAUCGAAAGGCAUCAUUGUCCUACGUAGUGGUCUUACAAUUUUACAACCCAAUAGAAGAAGAGCUUUUCAACACCGUUACUGGGGGAGUUGUUGAACUUAUGAUCAUCGUCAUCAUAAGUUCACUUUCCAACUAGUGAAUAUUUUUCACUGACUUAGUUAAGAUAAUUUUUUCUAAAGUUCACUUUCCACAGGAGGACUGUAGGAAGUUCUAGGUCGUAAGGAAAUACUGUAGAAAACUGCGGUUAUUUUGGGAUAGUUAUCUAGGGUUCCUCCCUAUAUAAACAGUGUUAUGGGUGAAUGAAGGAAGAGGUAGUUGUCCACCAUUCUCUCCUCUAUCCUCUAUGACAGAGGUCAUCGUCCUUGUUCCUAUAUUUUUCUACAUCCACUUUUUCCCUUGUGCCUGAUUUUCUCCAAAAGUUAAUUUUUUUCCUGGUGUGAAUUAAUUAGAAAUCAUCGACGUUAUACUUUUUUAUUUGACCUGGAUAUCUUUCAUCAUCAGCAUGAAUUAUUGAAAGGCAAAGAUCGUAUUUUAUAGUAAGUUAUGCAUCUGACUGAUCUAAUCUUGAUAUCAUUUUACUGGUUCUUUCUAUUCUCAUUGGGUAAACUUGCUAUUCUUGAGUUUUGAAGAGAUUUAUUUAUCAAGUGGUAUCCUUACGCAUCAAUGUAUAACUGUUAGCUACGAUUGUGUGGAUGUUGACAUUAUGAUUCAUAACUUGCUGACAGAAAUUUGUUCUUUUAGGCGACUGCAGAGGAUGCAACCCCAACAACCUGGGUAUAAUAGUUCACAUGCGUAUCUUGAGCUCCUUGCUGAUCUUCCAUGGCAGAAGGCCAGUGAAGAAUGUGUUUUGAAUUUAGAAGUUGCCAAGGAGCGUCUUGAUUGUGAGCAUUAUGGUCUCACCAAAGUUAAACAGCGGAUAAUCGAAUAUCUAGCUGUGCACAAGGUUUUUAACCUGCUGUAUUCUUUUUUCUAGUAUACCUGAAAUAUUACUCGCAUCCUUAUAUGCUGCAUGGUCUACAGCUUAAACCAGAUGCCCAAGGACCAGUUUUGUGUUUCGUUGGUCCCCCAGGUGUAGGAAAGACUUCAUUGGCCUCUUCUAUUGCUACUGCCUUAAAUAGAAAAUUUGUACGGAUAUCUCUUGGUGGGGUUAAGGAUGAGGCUGAUAUCAGAGGUCAUCGGAGGACAUACAUCGGAAGUAUGCCAGGACGUCUCAUCGAAGGCUUGAGGGUUUGUGCUCUUUUCUGUACGUGUUUAUUUGUCUUAAUUUAUAAGAUUAAUAUUUAUUUUAUUCAGUGAAUUUCAAAAAUGCUAUUGUAUGUUUAGGGAUUUCUCCAUUCAGUUAGAUUACUAUGCCCAAUCAGAAGGAAAUGAUUCUUCAAUACUUCUAACUGAUUUGAUUGUGUAUUCAAGUAAACCACUAUCAGUAAAUUACUAGUCUCCUCCUAGAUGUUUCAUUUGCCUUUUGGACCAUAUCUUUGUCAUGAUUUGACCGAACAGGGUACCUUCUGAUAAACCUGUUUAGGAUAAAUGACCUGAUGAUGCAUUUUCCCUGACAACGAUAUGCGUCGUGUGACAUUGGCGUUCUAUACGUGGAGCUUCAUUAUUAUUUUUGGCCACUAUGCGGUUCGAAAGUUGUCAUCCAGCAUUUCAUGAACUCUUGUAUUCCUUAUGCUUCUUCCCACUCAACGCACGCCAUUGCAUAAAGAUCUUCUGCCGUGUGCAAUUAAAACCCAUGUCGAUAGAAAAUAUAUUUUUUCCUCUUCUUUAAAUGUGACGCAGCAAGAGAUGCGUAAAAUGGAAGGUUUGAACCUUGAAUCUAAGGCAUAAAUAUAGAGUGCUAAAAGGAUGAAAAUCGGGCCUUGAAUCUGCAAGGAAUGAUUUUCCCUAAUCCUUGAAUCCUCAUGAACGGCUUGGAUGACCCUUGAAUCCGUACGGAUCAAAGAUAUCCUUGAAUCCAUGGGUCAAAAUAGCAUUGUCCCUUGAAUCUACGGGCGUUGAUUAAAUCCACAAGUACUCGAAACCCUCUUGAAAAGGAACAAAAAAUCGUAAUAACCAAGUUGCCUUUAUGUGGUGGCUUUUAAAUUAAUCGAAAAUUAGUUAAGGUCCCUCUAAAGCUCGGGAAAGAUUCUGAAACAAAAUCAAAACGUCCUAACAAACGUGCCAGUUACUAAAAUUGACUCUCACGUAUACUUUACAUGGAUCUAACAAAUUCAAAUAGCCUAACAAACAUGUGAUUUUCAAAAAACUAACUCUAACUCAUUAUUCAGACACUAUAUUUAGACCUAAUCUGGUUUUGGGUCUUUUAGGGACUUCUCAUCUUUGUAGCCCAUGCUUCAAACCUCUAGAAUGCCUGGGCCACCAGUUUUGGGCCAUCUGAGUCAAAAAAAAAUUAACCUUCUCUUUUCUAGAAGUGAUGUCCUACAUCAAAAUGCUAUUUCAUUUUUUAUAUGUAUUUCUGUGUGAAUCAAACUCUUCAUCUCCUUUCAUGAAUUAUUCCUAAAUUGAGAUUUCCAAAUAUUUGGUUUCAGAGAGCAGGCGUCCACAAUCCAGUAAUCUUAUUAGAUGAAAUUGAUAAGGUUGGCGCAGAUAUUUCCGGAGAUCCUGCAUCAGCCUUGUUAGAGGUUCUUGAUCCACAGCAGAAUAAAGCCUUCACUGAUCAGUAUCCUUGGUGUUACUGUCCCUUUGCAUCAUAUGCUAUUUUUAUUAAGCUGUAUACCAUCCAUAGCAUCUGAGAAGGCCCGAAAACAUUUGAGGAUACUAGCAAAAUUGGUUGAGCCCCCAGGAUUCAUUUGUUCCUUUCCAUGCUAGUAAAUAAGGGAUUAAACAAGUAACAAUAAGCUUCCGGUGAUAUAUUGAAUCCUUAAUUGAGAAUCGUAGCUAUCUAAAUGUUCCAUUUGAUCUUUCAAAGGUAAUAUUUGUUGCCACUGCUAAUGAGGCUCAACCAAUUCCUCCACCACUUUUGGAUCGUAUGGAAGUCAUCGAAUUGGCAGGAUAUACACCGGAAGAAAAGUUGAAAAUUGCCAUGCACCAUUUGGUACCAGGAGUUUUAGAGCGACAUGGCUUAAAUUCUGAUCUCCUGAAGAUACCCAAGGUAUGAACAUUAUUUUGCCCUAUUUACCAAGCCAUGGCAUCUUACUACUGAAAACCUGCUUAAGAUAAUUCUAUUUUUCUAUAUUGCUUGUGUGUUUGAUUAUGUAGCAAUGGUUCGCACAUGUCAGGUUCACACAUGUCACUUGUGAUCAAGUUAUGAUGCUUGCCUAGGAUUCACUUACCUCCUGAAGUGGUCAUUCUUGGAUCAUGCUUUGAAGAACAUAAUGCUUAAAAUACCCUGAGUCUGUACGCCUUUAAAUACCAAUAGAAUUUCUGGUAUCAUCCUGUCUCCACAUGAUAAAAAAGAUGAAUGAAUUAUAUGUCCCGAUUUCAUUGGUGAUUUUAAUCUUCCCUCCAUUUCCUCUCAAAGGAGUUGUGUAAUACAACAGGUGACGAUACUAAGGUCCUAUAUUGGGUAGGAGGACACGCUAAAAGUAUAUGUGAUAAAAAUAUUGUUCUUAUUGCCUUGAAUCGCAUACAGCUCGUUUACUUAUAUUUUGGUAUGACUAUUGACUUUAGUAAACCGGGAAUAUGGCUGCAUAGUAGAACAGCUGAAUAUUCCUACAUUUUCAUGUUUGACAUCCUCGUAAUAUUCAGAUGAGAAAUACAAGUAUUCAAUAUCGCAUUGUAAAGGAAUUUUAUGAUUCAAAUAACGGUGUUUAAGCUAUUUAGGAGGACUAAUUAGUAUUUUAAAAAAUGCUCCUCCGAAAAUGAAGGGUAAUGUUAUUUAAUUUCAAGUAUACACAUCUACGAAUGAAGAAAACAACCAUCAGGCAACCAAUCAACUCGAUUUUCACGAUAGUGUAUUUCUUUAUGAUGGCUUAGUUUCAUUCGCCUCACAUUUCUGCCAGUUAUGAUCCUGUUUUUUCAGGAAAUUGUUAUGCUUAUCAUCCAGCACUAUACUAGAGAAGCCGGAGUUAGAAAUCUUGAGCGAAAUCUAUCCGCCAUAGCUCGCGCUGUUGCUGUUAGAGUGGCUGAAAAGGAAUAUGGAGCUCAACUUUGCAAUAAUGUUCAACCAAUGACGUCUUCAUUCCUAAAUGCACAUUGCGGCUGUGGUGUUGAACUCGAAAUGGACGACAUUUCAAUGGUUGAUCGUCGUACGAUACCAAAUGCUCUGAAGAAUAACUCAAAAAUAGUCUUAGAUGAAGUCAUGCUCGAAAAAGUUCUUGGGGUAAUUCUCCUCUUAAGGGACUAGAUGCAUAAUGUCAAAUUAAAAUUAGCGUAAUAUUUCACGUUUAAAGCUCCAUACUAUUACUAAGUAUCAUGUUUAUUGUGAUGCAGCCCCCUAAGUUUGAUGAUAGGGAAACUGCAGAACGUGUGGCAACUCCAGGAGUGUCAGUUGGUCUUGUAUGGACCCCCUUCGGCGGUGAUGUUCAAUUCAUUGAGGCAACAGCAAUGGCUGGUAAGGGUCAUUUGCAUCUUACUGGACAACUUGGUGAUGUCAUAAAAGAAUCAGCACAAAUAGCUUUAACUUGGGUAUGCCCUCAACAUUCUCCUAACGCAUGUUUUCUGCUUUUGUAAUCUUCAAAUUUAGGGAACUUCAACCCCCUGUGCUCAUUAUCAUAAGCCUCUCCUCUUGUUAUCUAAUGCUAUAUUUCUCAUUACGAUGCCUUAAUUAUAUUUUUUUUAACACUAUGCUGUCAUAGUCUUUUUAGAUUUUAUUUCUAUGUAACACCAAGUUGUCACUGGUUUGUAACAUGAUUACGCACCAUGAGGCCUUACCAAUCCUAAAUAUUCAUUCUGUCAUAAGGAAGAAUGGUAGUUUAGCCAAACUCCAAGACUGGUUAUAUUGUCCACGAUAAGCUUUUUUUUAAUUUUUUUUUUUUUUUUUAGGGGGGUGGGAUAAUCUUAGUAGUUUAAGACUUGAAGCCUAGUGGUGGAUUUUGCUGUGAUUAAUGUUGAUUGCAACUAUCGUCAAGAUAAUUUACCCUCUUGUUGGGAGUUGAGUUUUGGCCAUGGCCCAUUGCUGAUCUGGAUCACACUAGCAGAACCUUGGUCGGAACACCUGAAUGUCUACAACCACGUAGUUGUUCCUUGAACAUGUCUGAGUUGUUGCAUCAUCCUAAAUGAACGGUGUCAGAUUUUCGCACGGAGCUUCCUAGUUCCAUUUUUCUUCAUGAAGAAGCAAAAAAAGUUUGAUUUACUUUGUAGUUUGGAUUUUAAUUGAACUCUUUAUGAGUAUCCCCUCUGCAUGAAAACGGAUGUCUAUGAAUAAUCGUCUGCUAUUGUGAAAGUGUGUAAAAUUUAAAUUUAAAAUUGAUUAUACUGUCCUUGAAUGCAUUCUUGGGUACGUGGGCAAGGACUCUUUGGAUGAAACAAGAGUGAAUCAAAGGACUAAACUUUCCAAGCAAAUUACAUUUUUUUAUAUUUAACUUCAAUAAUACUUUGGUCAUACUCUAUUGAAUAUGAAGUGUAAUAUACUAACUCGAGUCUCGAACGAAGUUAUAUCCAGUCAUAAUCAUGGAUUAUUAUACCCCGUUUAGAAUUCGGUUUAAUAAAUGUAUAUGUUUUAUAAUUUAUUAGAAACUCCUUCGAAGCAUAUCAAGUGUACUUAUUUCUCUCAUCUCAAUGCGAUUGAAUAGGUGAGAGCACGAACCACAGACCCCAUAGAUGCUGGGAACAUCAACCUGCUUGAUGGUCAGGACAUUCACAUACAUUUUCCUGCUGGUGCUGUGCCCAAGGAUGGACCUUCGGCAGGGGUUACCUUGGUAACAUCAUUAGUUUCGCUGUUUAGUCGAAAAAAUGUCCGGGCAGAUACUGCAAUGACUGGAGAGGUGAGUUUGAGGGGCCUUGUGUUAGCUGUUGGUGGCAUCAAGGACAAGGUAUGUUGUACUAUUCACGCUUUAGUGUUUUCGUUCAUCAUGCUGGUUUAAGUGGAUUUAUAUUUCAAGUUUAUACUUCAAAAUUCUCUACUUGAUAGCCUCAUAAUGGAGAAAGGAAUGCUAAGAAUGAGGGACAUUUGAAUUUGACUUACUCUUUACGAGUCUCAUUUAGCCUAAAAUUUUGAAGUAGCAUGUACUUUGCUUGAGGUUAGCUGAAAAUCCAAGAAUUUUUCCCAAAUAGUGGUUAACAGGAGGGGAACUGGUAGAAAAUUGGGAGCACAAGGCAGUAGAACCAACCAAAAAAAGAUUAACUUCUUUAUAAAAUCAGAAAUGAAGAAAGGGCGAAGAAGAGAAAACUAUAGCCUAUGGUUUCUAAGAAUGUGGAAAACGGCACCUUAGAAACGAAUAGGUUGAGCAAACCUUUUUUUUUAAACAUGGCGGAGAAUUAUUGUGUGCUUUCUUCUUUCACCUGUUCUCCAUGGAGAAAAAAAUGGACGACUAGCUUCAUUUUGUGAUUAUCAUCUAAAUGUACAGGUACUGGCUGCUCAUCGCUAUGGAAUAAAGCGAGUCAUUAUUCCAGAGAGGAACCUGAAAGAUCUUGUCGAGGUUCCAUCGUCGAUUCUUGUCGACGUAGAGGUACUGAUUCUAUGCUAGUACCCUGCACGUUAUGAUUUGAUCGAUCAUGCAUAUUUUUACUAUCUAGAUAUUUCACAUGCUCUUAACCUCUUAUAAGGGAUAGUUUUGUUAUCAUUGAUUGACAAAAUGGUACUUGAAGACAGUUGUGUUUAUUGCAUUGCGGUGUGAAGAAAACUGAAGAAAUGCGCAUUAUUUCUUCCAUUAUUGAUUGUUUAGAAUUAUAAAUUGGUCUUCUCUAUUGGUUGCUACCCGAAGUUUGUGCAGCGCAGGUGGACUGGAAUCCCCUAUUUUUAUAUUCUAUUCGGUAGGAGGCAGAUAGCCCUGUCAAGGAUUUAUAUAAAAAAAUCUUCUGAAUGUCCAUACAUUGGCACCUGGGAUCAGCCAAUCCGGCUUGGGAAUGGGCUUUUUGUUUCGACCUGAUCUGGCCAGAUUUCGGACGAUUAGGUUCUGCCGAUCUGAUCCAAUCACACCCGUUCAGGAUCAGCAAUGCCCAGCCAAUUCUUGACCAUAUAUUUAGAGCUACAGAUCGUUCGAUGGGGCCUAUCUUAUCUGACCCAGCUGAUUCGGGUCAGCAAUAUCUGACAUGAUCCUGUGAGUUGGGAUUCCCGACGUGGAAUCAGAUCGAAUGACACCGAUCUGAUCCAGGUGCCCGCAGAUGUGAACGUUGGGAUUUCCUUGUGAUAUAUUGCUUCUCUUGUAUCCUAUGGGAAGGCAGAAAUUAUCGAUGUAACUUCUGUUGGAAAUGAACUCAGGUGUUGUUUGCCAAGCGAAUCGAGGACGUGUUGGAGCAGGCCUUCGAAGGGGGAAACCCAUGGAAGCAACAGUCAAGGUUAUGA